GUGGGUAGGGAUAGCAGAACGGGUUUGUCUGUUACCUAAGCUGAGCUAUAAGAGGCAGUAACACCUGCUGCUGCUCCGUUAGCUCACAGGAGAGGACAGGUUGUAGCUUCAAACUCGAAACCCGGAGAGGGAACAGGCAGAGAUGGCUGCAACCACAGCUCAGCCGAUGGGGAGCCUGCCCAGCGGAAAGGGGAUCUGCACCACAGCCCCAGAUGUAUUCUACAUACCGGAACUGGUUUUUGGUGGUUUGGUUUGGAUUCUUGUCGCAACGACCCACGUGGACCCAAUGAACCCCUUGGCCUGGGUGAUGUUUGUCUCUGUCUUCUGCUUCGUCAUGACCUUCCUCUGGCUGAUCAUCUUUGCUGCUGGAUGCCAUAAGAACAGCUCUGGCUGGGCUGCUGCUGACUUUGCUUACCACUUCUUGGCAGCGAUAUUCUACCUCAGUGCAGGUGUGGCUUUGGCUACCAUCACCUUUCAGAAGAAAACAGCAGGCAAUUUAAAAAUCUACAAGAUCGACAUCGCUGCUGUGGUAUUCGCCUACUUGUCCUUUCUCCUCUACUUCAUCCACGCCAUCCUCUCCUCCAUCCGAUGGAAACACUUCUGAAGCAACGAUCUAACAGCGACCUGUUCAGCCAAGAAACACUGUUUUUAUCCUGUGUGCCCCGCAAUGUGAAUGUGAGUGUGAAUGUGUGCGAGUGAGUGAGCGAGAAUUCUAGUCAGAUUCAUUCAAAGAUUUGAAAUACUAUAUAAACCAUGUAGAAACAUUUGAAGAAUGGAAAUAAUAAAAUAAUAACUGUAACCUUCAUAUAUCAUUUGUUAAAA